ACUAUAAAUACCUUCCUCAACUCCAACCUCGCAGCAAAGCUAAGCAAACUAUUUUCUCCCAGCUCACUUGUUAAUCCCAAGCAAACCUGCCUUCUCUUUUUUCGCUCUCUUGUCCAAGAUGCCGGCUGCUAGUACCAAUAUGUCUGACCGAGAAGGAGAAUCAUUUGUUGAGGUUGAUCCCUCCGGACGUUUUGGCCGCUAUAAUGAUUUGCUUGGUGCUGGUGCAGUGAAGAAGGUUUACAGGGCAUUUGAUCAGGAGGAAGGUAUAGAGGUGGCCUGGAAUCAAGUGAAAUUGGCAAACUUUAGCGAAGACCCUGGGCUUAUUAACAGGCUUCAAUCCGAGGUACAGUUGCUGAGAACUUUGAAAAACAAGUAUAUCAUUGUUUGCUACAGUGUUUGGAGGGACGGAGAGCAUAACACGCUAAAUUUUAUCACUGAGGUCUGCACGUCGGGAAACUUGAGAACUUACAGGAAGAAGCAUCGCCGUGUGUCCAUUAAGGCCUUGAAGAAGUGGUCAAAGCAGGUUCUCGAGGGGUUGGAAUAUCUUCAUACACAUGACCCUUGCAUCAUUCAUAGAGAUCUAAAUUGCAGCAACAUCUUCAUCAACGGGAACAUUGGCCAAGUGAAAAUUGGGGACCUGGGAUUUGCAGCAAUAGUUGGGAGAAGCCAUGCUGCACAUUCCAUAAUAGGGACACCGGAAUAUAUGGCACCGGAGCUGUACGAGGAAGAUUACACUGAGAUGGUCGACAUAUACUCUUUCGGAAUGUGCUUGCUUGAGAUGGUGACAAUGGAGAUACCUUAUAGUGAAUGUGAUAGUGUUGCCAAAAUAUACAAGAAGGUCACCUCUGGCGUGAGACCCCGAGCCUUAAACACAGUGCCAGAUCCAGAAGUGAAGGCAUUUAUCGAGAAAUGCAUAGCGCAACCAAGGGCAAGGCCUUCUGCUUCUGAUCUUCUCAAGGACCCCUUCUUUUCUGACCUCAAAGAUGAUGAGAUUGACUCAGUUUCCAAUUGAUGGCCUAUUGAGUGAACUUUCCGCCUAGAAUCUAGCGAGGAAAGCCAUAUGCCUUCUGCUAGU